AUGAAAGCGUUGGGUGCCGGUUCUUAUGGAACUGUGUUUCUUGCCGCACCAAAAGAUGGUUCGUCUACUUUUGUGGAAUCUGCAGAAGUGAAGGAUUCGUCUUCGCUUUCAAUGGAAGGAAGAAUACUGGAUGCGCUGAAAGGGUCGCCAUAUUCUAAGACGAUGGUUGAAGAAAUAGAGGUUGCAUACUAUGCUUUUCAGCUUUUGACUGGGAUUUCUCAUGUUCAUCGUAAGGGUUUCAUUCACUGCGAUCUAAAAUCGAGUAAUAUACUUGUUUUUCCUACUGUUGAUGACGAAUAUGAUAGUACUGUGGAUAAAACGAAACACAUACCUACUGGGAUAGAGGCUCCAACAAGUGUUGUCAUCAUAGAGGGACUCUGCUCUGUAGCUCAUGGGAUUCAUGGUAAAGCCGUUGAUAUUUGGGCACUUGGUUGCAUUGUUGUAGAGAUGAUCACAGGGAGACGGUUAUGGUUGUGCCAUAAAAAUAGUGACGAUUUGGACUUCAAGAUUACACAUGAAGAACCUGUGAUUCCGAGUAAUGUUUCAAAUAUAUGCAAGGACUUCCUGGUCAAGUGUUUUGAAAAAGAUCAUAAUUGGAGAUGGACUGCAGAUAUGCUGCUUAAUCAUCCAUUCAUUAAGAAUGCUAUGUCCGGUAAAUAUCAUCCAGAAGAUCAUGAGCUGAUCAGUAAUAAAGUUAUCAUUAACCCUUUUAGUCAUUGCGAAAGCCGGGUUUCUAAGCGGCAUUUCUUUUCAACGUGCUUUCAUUUGCCUUCAAGUGAUAACUUCAGAUCAAGAUAUGCUAUUUUUCCAGCAGAGAAUGCACAAUGUCGAAUUACAAAAGCUCCUAAUUACUCUCUUCCUCUGUGCACUCCUACUCCUGAAUCCCGGGCUGUUGAACAAGAGCAAUCUGAAUAUUUUGAAGGAGCGGCUGACGCUUUACAGAAAGUAAUUGAUGCACGGGUUAACAAAGCUCUUCAAACUCUUGUUAGUCGAUUACAUGUUGCACCGCCUACACUUACGCCUAAUAACAACACACUGGAGAAUCCUCGUUCUGGCCUUAUCAAUUCUAGAAAUGGAAGAACCCCCAGUGAGCCACAGGAAGGAGAACCAGGAUCCGCCUCUACGGAGUCUGACAUACCAGCAAUGAGAGCAGAUUUUGGAGCUGAUGUUGCUGUGUAUGUCAGGUGUUGGCAUCGAAGAUGUACCUGCAUUCCGGUUGUAGCUGCAUUUUCUUUAUGGUAG